UUAGUCAGCGUAAUUCUUACGAGUAUCCUUCAAAUAGAAGUCUGAAACAGUCCAUUGGUGUAAUUCAGUGGCUCGAAGGAAGAAGAGCCUCCACUAGAGAAGAAAAGGAUGCUGCGAGUUCCGACUCCAAGCAGUCGUCAAGACACACCAGAAAUGGAGCAUAACACACAGGCACAGACACAGCCACAGCCACAGCCACAGCCUCAAUCUCAGCCAAUGUUAAGACCCCACAACCACCAGUUUCAUCCCUCUCGACCUGCCAUCCUUGAUCUUUUCAAUCUCUACUUAGGACUGAAAAAUUCUGGACAAAAAUCAGAUGAUUCUAUCAGAGAACCUCCGAACAAGACACAGAAGCGAGUAACUGCUCUUAACAGAGAGCUUCCUCCACGAAAUGAACAAUUUCUCUUAGAUUUUGGCCAGCUGCAGAGCCAGUUUACUGACCAGGAACAGUUGCGUGCAGUGGCAGAAUCUGUUCUUAUUUCUCUGGUUAUUCAUUGCAGUAGUCACGCACCUCGUGCAGAAUUUCUUCUCUUUGCCAUAUGCUGUUUGUCUAGUAUAGGAUGCAUAAACUGGGAUACUUUCUUGCCUUCUCUUCUCUCCUCGGUUUCAUCAACUGAGAUAUCCGCUAGUCAGGGUAAUCAACCAUCUGGUGCUAAUUUAACAUCUGGAUUGCUGCCAUCUUCCACCACAGUAGCGACUACCUCUAAUUUUCAGUCAUCAAAUCCUGCAUCUCCUUUGCCCACUGUCCAUUGUAUUGGGUCCCCUGCUCAUUCAGCAGCUGAACCCUCAUCUUCUGCUGCUUUGUCUCCAUUGAAGUCUUCUGAUGUUAAUGGUAUUAGCCAGCAGUAUAUUGCAAAAGUGAAUUUGUUGACAACGGAUAAUGCUACAAGCAGUCUGCGUCAGUUAUGUUGCAAAAUUAUUUUAACCGGUCUAGAUUCUAAUCUUAAGCCAGUAACACAUGCCGAAGUUUUCCACCAUAUGUUGAAUUGGUUGAUUAAUUGGGACCAAAAGUUACAUGGUGUUGAUGAAUUCGACAGUGCGAAAUAUUGGAAACCAGAUAAGGCCCUAAUUGAGUGGCUACACAGUUGUUUAGACGUUAUUUGGUUGCUGGUUGAGAAUGAUAAAUGCCGCAUACCGUUUUAUGAACUUCUCCGGAGUGGGUUGCAGUUUUUAGAAAAUAUACCAGAUGAUGAAGCUCUGUUUACUCUUAUUUUGGAGAUCCAUCGGAGGCGAGAUAUGAUGGCUAUGCAUAUGCAAAUGUUGGAUCAACACCUUCACUGCCCUACAUUUGGGACCCCUCGACUUCUGCCUCAAGCCACUGCUAAUUCGUCCGGUGAAGCAGUAGCUAACAUGAGAUAUUCACCAAUUACAUAUUCUAGUGUGCUUGGGGAACCAUUGCAUGGAGAGGAUCUUGCAGCAUCCAUUCAAAAAGGAAGUCUGGAUUGGGAGCGAGCUUUGCGUUGUCUAAAGCAUGCUCUUCGGAACACUCCAUCACCAGACUGGUGGAGACGUGUGCUUCUCGUGGCUCCCUGUCACAGGAAUCCUGCCCAGGCUCCAACUGCGGGUGCUGUUUUUACGUCGGAAAUGGUUUGCGAGGCAGUUAUUGAAAGAAUUGUUGAAUUAUUGAAGUUGACUAAUUCAGAAAUUAAUUGCUGGCAGGAGUGGCUUAUAUUCUCAGAUAUAUUCUUUUUUCUCGUGAAAAGUGGAUGUGUUGAUUUUGUGGAGUUUGUGGACAAGUUAGUAUUGCGAAUUCAAGAGGGUGAUCAACAAAUACUUAGGACAAACCAUGUUACGUGGUUACUUGCGCAAAUUAUUCGGGUUGAACUGGUGAUGAAUGCUUUAAAUACAGACUCAAGAAAGGUGGAGACAACCAGAAAGAUUCUUUCGUUCCAUAAAGAGGAGAAAAGCUCUGAUCCCAAUAAUCCUCAAAGUAUCCUACUUGAUUUCAUUAGCAGUUGUCAGAACUUGCGCAUUUGGACACUAAAUACAGCAACAAGAGAAUAUCUGAAUAAUGAGCAGCUACAAAAGGGAAAGCAAAUUGAUGAAUGGUGGAGACAAGUUAACAAAGGGGAACGCAUGAUGGAUUAUAUGAAUUUGGAUGAUAGAUCAAUUGGGAUGUUUUGGGUUGUGUCCUACACCAUGGCUCAGCCUGCUUGUGAAACUAUCAUGCACUGGUUAACCUCCGCGGGGGUUACUGAGCUUUUACCUGGACCAAAUUUGCAGUCCAAUGAGAGAUUGAUGGUGAUGCGUGAAGUUAGCCCGCUGCCAAUAUCAUUGUUAUCGGGAUUGUCCAUAAAUUUAUGCUUGAAACUGGCUUAUCAGAUGGAAGAAUCAAUGUUUUCUGGACAGGCCGUGCCUAGUAUUGCUCUGGUUGAAACAUACUGUAGGAUGAUGCUCAUUAAUCCCCAUUCGUUGUUUCGUUCACUCUUAACUCAUCUGACAUCGAGGAAUCCCACCACAUUG